AUGAAAGAAAUGGGAAUUAAAUAUUUGCGAUAUAUGCAUAUAUGGUCUUUAAUAUAUCAUGUUUGGAAUAUAAUUCAGUUUAUUGAUAUGAAUGUAAUUUAUAAUAGUUCACCAAAUAUUAUUGAAAUUAGCAAAAAAAAUGAAAUAGAAUGGGGAAGGAAUAAGGCAAAAAUAAGAAUAUUAAAUCAAAUAAAUAAUAAAGAAUUGGAAAUAAAUAAAAAUAUGAAGAUAAAUAUAUAUGACAUACUUUCCGACAAUGAUGAUAUUAAUUAUGAAAUAAUUAUGAAAAAAUAUUAUAAAAAUGCAAAGAAAAAAAAAUUUAAAAUAUCUCCAAAAAUUCAUAGAUUAAUUAUAAGUUUUAAAAAUAAUACUUUAAAUCAUUCCAGUUUUAUGAAUAAACGAUUUAUUGACUUGCUUAAUUAUUGUGGUAAAAUAAAAAAAUUAGAGCAUGUGAAUUUAUAUCUUUAUGAUAUGGAUUCAAAUAAGAAUGAAUUGUUAAUAAAGUUUUGUUUAUAUGCUUUAAAAAAUAAUAAACAAAUUAAUAUCGAAGCUGAUUAUAAGGUUAAGCCAAUUUACUAUAAUACAUUUUUAAAGAACUACCCCCCCAAAAAUUAUUAUUCUUUACAUCCUGAUGAAAAAAAAAAAAACUUUCAAAUAAAUAAUUCAUCUAUGUUUAAAAAGCCUUAUAUAGACUUUAAAAAAUAUAAAAAAACAAAUAUUAUCGAAGAACAUAAUGAUAUAUGUGAACUAGUUAAAGGAACGCAAUUGUCUAAUCUAUAUGAAAAAAAUAAUGUUAAUGUUUGUAUUAUAGACACAGGAAUAGAUUAUAAUCAUCAAAAUUUAAAAGAGUCUAUAAUUGAUAUGAAAUCUACUGAAGGAAAUUAUCGCCAAAAAAAAAAACAAAAUAAUAAAUAUGAUUUUUCUGAUAUUUCUAACCCAAUAGAUGGACAUGGGCAUGGUACAUUUAUAUCUGGAAUUAUUGCUGGAAAUGGAAACAAUAUUGAUAUAAAUGACAAAGAAGGAAUACAAGGAAUAAAUAAUAUGGCAAAAUUAAUAAUUUGUAAAGCUUUAAAUAAUAAUAACGUUGGUAAUAUAAGUGAUAUAUUAGAAUGUUUUAAUUAUUGUACAGAAAAAAAUGCAAAAAUUAUUAAUGCAAGUUUUUCUACUAAAAAAAAUUAUAUUCAUUUAUAUUAUGCAUUAAAAGAGUUGGAAAAAAAAGAAAUUUUAGUUAUUACAUCUUCAGGAAAUUGUGUACAAAAAAAUGAUGAAGGAUAUAAAGAUAACAAAAUAAAAACAAAUAAUAAUAAAGAAAAAGAUAGUGUUCAAAUAAAUGGAUAUACAGAAUGUAAUACAAACUUAAUGAAAUUAUAUCCAUCUGCUUAUUUACCAAAUCUAACAAAUUUAUUAGUUGUUUCUAAUAUCACUAAAGAUUCAAAUAAUGAUAUUGUAUUAUCCAAAGAUUCAUGUUAUAGUAACAAAUAUGUUAAUUUUGGAGCCCAAGGAAAUGAUAUUUUAUCGACUCAUAUUAAUAAUCAAUAUGCUACAAGUGGCGGUUCAUCUUUUUCAGCUGCUGUUGUUACAGGGGUUAUUUCAUUGUUAUUUUCAAUAAAUCCAAAUUUUAAUAAUAAUGAAAUUAUCGAGUUAAUUCAAAAUGCAAUAAUACAAACAAAUAAAUUGAAAGAUAAAGUUAAAUGGGGAGGGUAUUUGAAUGUUUAUUUGCUUGUUAAUUUAGCUAUAGAAAAAAUGGGACUUGAAUCAAAAAUAAUUUUUAAUGCAUAG